GGCUAUGGGGCACAGUUCUGAGUAGGGUUCAAGACGGACACAUUUUCUCUUGCAAAGAUAGAUUCGUUAUUAGCCUAUGGUUUGUUGCAUUGAAGUGUUACGUUACUAUGCUGAUUCAGUCAAUUAGCCUACUUUAUGAUCUCAGAGGAGCAAACUCAGAGAAGUUAGUUAUUAUUUUUUGGUCUGCACGCCAGACCUGGAUCGAAGACCUGGGCGGCCGCGCACGCGCGCAGUUUAGAGUGAACGUUAACGAAAAACAAUGUGUGCGUUACGGGGCAUAAAAGACUACCAACCGACCUCCUGUGCACCUGCGGGACUGUCAAACUGCGUCAACCUCAGCAACCCCUGUCCCGUGUUCAACAAGAAGGGAAAGAUGGAAGGCGAAAGUUCAUUUAGCAGAAGGUCGUGGGCAUCACAGUCUUUGCGUGUCACUGCCAGGGAGCUCUCCUUGGUCAGCGCACGAGGCAAGAGCAACGCCAUCGCCGAGCGCUUUUCCAAGUACCAGAGAGCUGCUGAUGAGUCUAAUGCAGAGAAGAAGAAAAAGAAAGCGUCAGUGGACAGCCUGCCACCCACCCUGCGUUCAGGGAACCUGAGUGUUCUGAAGAAGCGCUGGGAGCAGCCGGGACCUCGCCAGGACAAACCUGCCCCGAUUCCCUCCGGUCCACCCCGCGCCCGACACACCCCUCCAGCCGUACCCAAACCAACCCCCACAACCGAGCACCCUUCCCCAGCCAAGUCUCCCGCAUCCCUGGACAAUCAAGGAAGUCAAGGGCCACCUAGCUACUUCCAGUACCCUGCGGUAACAACCGCUGUAGCCAAGGAGGGAGCUGAGAGUGGGAUGGAGAAUAAAACUAAUCGGCAGACCGAGGGAGACGAGGGGGAAGGGCGGAUGCAGGUGGAGGAUAAGGUGGUGCCGUCCAGCCCCUGCACCCCCAAUGAGAAACCCAGUGUGCCUCUGAACAGUCUGAAGAUGAUGUUUGAGAAGGGACCGAGUGCCAAUGGAAAGGUGAGGACCGGACUACAUAGAAGCCCGUCUGACGACAUGGAACAGAGACUAGGAGUGCUUUCCCCUGACAGAGUGCUGGAGACCACCUCACUCAGGGAAAGAAUGGCCAAGUACCAAUCAGCCGUUACCAAAAAGGGACCACAAGCCCGUACUGCCAGUCAGUCAGAUGGAGAGGACAACAAUCUCAAGGAAAAUGUGCCACCUAGUGGUGUGGCCGUGAGCCAGGCUUUAGAAUCCUACAGUAGAAAGGUUGCAGUAGCAGAGACCAAUAUUUCAGGGGAUGGCAUGGACACCUCUAGCUUUAAGGGCAGCGGUCAUUCUUCACCCUCAGCCCACAGUGACCAGCCCAAAGCAGCCAGGAAGUUCUGUCCUCCUGUGAGGGAGACAUGCAUAGUGUGCCUGAAAACUGUGUACCCCCUGGAGAGACUGGUGGCCAAUACCCAGGUCUUCCACACCACAUGCUUCCGCUGCCUCCACUGCAACACCAAGCUCAGCCUGGGGAACUACGCCUCUCUGCAUGGUAACGUCUACUGCAAGCCUCACUUCAGCCAGCUGUUCAAGGCCAAAGGAAACUAUGAUGAGGGCUUUGGUCACCGCCCACACAAAGAGCUGUGGACGCCUCAAACUGAGGAAGAGGGACAAGAAGAACGAUUUGAUGGGGAGGUGGAGAAGAAGCCUAAAGAUCGUGUGGAAAGAGUUCUGCCGGUUUGCCGUUCAAACGAAACAACUCCGUCCUUGGCAAAGCAGCCCAGCCCCACAGUGGAGGAGUCUCCCUUGGCUAAGGUGACAGACCUGACUGUGUCCCUGGAGACGCGCAGUCACACCUCCACUGAGAAACUCUCCACUGUCGAGAAACCACCAGAGGCACGCAGGCUGAGAGUUGCCUGGCCCCCUCCUGCUGACAGUGAUUCUGGAUCUGCUCCUGUUCUGGAGGCUUGUGGUGGUGUGGGCCGGCCCUGGAGGGCCAAGUGGCCCCCAGAGGGGGAGGUGUCAUUGUCGAACCUGAGCUCAGACAGAGCCGAGCUGAAGAGCCUUCGAAGGAGCUCGUCUCUGAAGGAGCGCAUUCGGCCCUUCUCUGUGGCCCCCAGCCUCACUAGCACCCAGGGGCCACGGGAACCCCGCCGGCCCGUCAAAUCUCUGCUGGAUAGAAGGGGGUCACUGGAGGACAGCCACUCCACACCUGGAGAUCCAGAAGCCCAACCUUGCAGGAAGAGCGAAGUUGGCCAGGGAAAAAACGAGAGCAAGCCCACCUGGCCCAGCGGCAGCGAGGUGAACGGUGUGACCAGCCCUGAGGAGGCGGAGAGCCUGCAGGAGGAGAACCAUGAUAAGCCCAUAGAAAGCCAGAAAGAAAAAGAGGCUCCUGUCAAAUGUGACUCGCCGGACAGCCCAUCAACUCCCUCUCCGCCAUCGUGGCCCAAACAAAACCGCAGCUCCCAGGACGUUGGCUUCUGGGAGGAGGAAGUGGAGGAUGGCGACGGUGAGCAGCUCACUGUAGAGGAGAUGAUCAAGAGGAACCGCUACUAUGAAGAAGAGGAAGAAGAGGAAGAUGACAACGUUUGAAUAGACACUCCGCUCUUAUUUAGACUGGACACCAACACAUUCUAUCCCCAGUACACUUUGUAUAGCCCAAGCAGGGUUCAAUAGUUGUCUGCUGCUCCAGGGCUGGUAGCAACAUGAACUGGUUGAUCUCAUCAGUGGUUGGGGACAGUUGUUUCUCUGCAUAUUUGGUGGUCCAGUUCAAGAAAUCCAUGUUCUGCUGUAGAAAACUGAGGCUAUCAUGUCACAAUUAGCACCACAUUAAGAUUACACAAGGGAAACCGCUAUAAUGUAACCAGCCCAAAACAUUAGCGUUGACCCCUGCCUAGGGAGCUCAACUGCAGGGAAACCAUGGGGAUUUACCUUUCUAAUUCUGUCUGGGUUCAGUCUGAUCAUUUGAAGUGGUUGUUUCAUUCACGCUAGAAAAGUUCACGCAACAAGUCAAUCUUACUACACUACAUGCAGCCUAAUUAUUUCACUGAUUUCUGAGGAGCCUGAGGGAAAAGGUGUGUUAGAUUGUAAACAGUGGACUGGAAAGGAUUUAGUACUGUUUUACAUGGUUGUUGUUGUUUUUAAGGCUUGUCUGUCUUUUUAACUGGACGUAAAUAGUUAAUCAUUUUGAAACCGCUUUUAAUUAAGAGGGAAUAUUACGUAAGCUAUAUCAUUCUCUAAAAUGGAAACUCUUCUGAUCAAAAUUCUGCUACUUUUCUACAAAAACAAAGGCACAAAUAUUUAAAUAUGAUGAAUAUGGAUAUUUGUAUUGGAAAUUACACGCUUACAUAGCCUCUGCUUCACAGGUAGUACUAUUAGUGGUCGAGUCAGAUGGAUAACAGGUCACGUGCUGUUUUAGAUCAUCACACGUCACUUCAUACUUGCCAUGUACCAUGAUAAGAAAAUGUUUGAUCUGGCCCAACUAAUCAAACUGUGUAAUAUCUGUGAUAAGUUAAGGUUGGGUGUCUUUACUUCCUGGUCUUUAGUUGUCCUUUGACACUGCCUAUUUUAAAUUUGUAUUAAAACAUCUUAUUUUAUAAUGAGGAAACUGGAUGAAUGCAUAAACUAUUAAACUCAUGUUUUGUAUUUCAUGGACCAAAAAUGUUUGUACUUUGGAAGUAUUUGUAUCUUAAGUCUUAAAAUAACCAAAGUGAAAAAACAUGAAAUAAAUUAUAAAUGGUCUUUA